ACCUUACCUUCGUGCUUCCCUCUGCCCUCGCUCCUCUCGUCGAUGCGUCAGCGUUCGGGGCUCAGACGGUUGAAGUUGAAAACAAUCUUUACGCACGCUUCCCGAAGUGCGUCGCCCUCCCCUUGAGUGAGUCUGCCUGUGGACCCCUGCUUUUGGAGAUGUGGAAAUCUGAAGUCAAGACUUGUUUUUCAAAAUGAAAGAAAUCCAGCAAGUCUGGAGAAAGCGCACGGAUUGAGACUAGUCAGUUUGAAUGUCCCGAUGAGAGAUCCAGUUGGUACAGCGGCUCCCAUGGCUUAUCACCCUUUCAACGUUCAACGAGCGGGUGCCUUCUCUUUGCACAACCUACUGCCUCGCGCUCAGUCUUCAUUUUUCCCUGCGGUGACUCUCCCGGACGUUGCUUCGCUCUCUGACCCCCUGCUUGAGCCACCUGCCUCCGAUUCAGGGCUACGCUUAGCUUUGCAACGCCAGAACCGGCCGGUGCGCUCACAGUCCACGAUAAGCCCGCAGUUUGAAGAAUGGCUCGAUGAGGACCCGAAAGUAAUACUGGAAUCAAAGAAUCUAUGGAGUGAAUUUCACAAGAUGGGGACUGAGAUGGUUAUCACUAAAUCGGGAAGAAGGAUGUUUCCACCCUUCAAAGUGCGUGUAAAUGGGCUGGAGGAAACUGCAAAAUAUAUCCUGUUGAUAGAUAUCGUGGCUGUUGAUGACUGCCGCUACAAGUUUCAUAACUGCCGCUGGAUGGCAGCUGGAAAAGCUGACCCAGAGAUGCCAAAGCGCAUGUACAUCCAUCCAGACAGUCCAUCCAAAGGGGAGCACUGGAUGAGCAAGCCUGUUGCAUUUCAUAAACUCAAACUUACCAAUAAUAUUUCAGACAAGCAUGGAUUUACUAUUUUACAUUCCAUGCAUAAAUACCAACCCAGAUUUCAUAUUGUGAAAGCCAACGACAUCAUGAAGCUUCCAUACAGCACCUUCAGGACGUAUGUUUUUCCAGAGACAGAGUUCAUUGCUGUUACUGCCUAUCAGAACGAAAAGAUUACUCAACUAAAAAUUGACAACAACCCCUUUGCCAAAGGAUUCAGAGACACUGGAAAUGGGAGACGAGAAAAGAGGAUUAAACAGUCAGGUUCACCUUUGCUAAAUGAGAACCAGAGCAAAGCAGACCAGGACUGUGCUGAUUCUGAUGACUCGUGUGAGCAACCCAGCACCAGCAAAUCUUGUUAUUCUCCUGUGGAACUAGGCAGCAGCCCUCUGAUGCCCUCAACACCCUGUCAAGAUGAGACCAAUAUUGGAAGUGAUUCAGAUAGUGAUCUUCAGGAUGAUGCCAUUUCUGAAGCAAGCUGCUCCAGAAUUUCGCAUACCUUGGCUAUGAGUCUGAUGAGUGAGGAGAUACUGCAAAUCAAGACUGACCAUAGCAACAGCAAUCAUCAUGGAACAAAGGAGAGAACAAUAUGCAGAACACCAUAUGAAAGGUACUCUUUGGAUUUGAGUGCCUCAGAAAAGCAUAGAAGUAAAAUCAAAGAUGUAGUCCUGCCUUUAAUGGUGCCGCCCUGGAGCUCGUCAUCCUUCAGUGAUAGACACAGUCAGACUUUGGAUUCUCCGCUUGUGUGCACCCAGCCGUUCGUUAGGCUUGGGGCCCCGCUGUUAUUUCAAGCAGGACCGUUUUCAAUAACGCCAGAAACUGUUUCUACUGUGGAUGUGAGACCUGGAUUUUCCUCGUCGCCUGAAGUAAGGGAUUUAGGAACUGGAACCCUGUCUUCUCGAAGCUUUGCAUCUUCUGCUCCGUUUAAGGUUUACUCGACACAGCACACGCAGGCAUCUCAGGGCGUGCCGCUCACAUCAUUUGGAGGGAUGAUGUCAUAUCCAUACCGCUACAUGGCCAUACCAGGUGCAGUUGCUCCAGAUCUCCCCACCUGCUCUGCCACCGCAUCGCUCACUAGAAGCUAUCACCACAGCAGCACUCGGCCUUUGUUGCAAUUCAGCCCGUAUAAGAUCCCAACAUCUUUCAGACCACAUUUACAACCAGAACUGUCCAAAUCUGGAAGCAGAGACUCAAGGCUUGUGUCAGAAAAUCAGCAUUGCAAAGCAAAGGUCAAGCAGAAGACUAUUCCAUCCAUUGUGACAUACAACUAAUGAACUGCUGUGCUUUCAUAUCCUACAUUAUCCUACACUGUAGACUUUUUUUUGUGGUAGAUCCAGGUUUACCACACAAGUUUAUGAAGUUGCUGUUUAAUUAUGUUCCAUGGUAUAAUUAUAAAUCUGUUUAAUAAAUAUUUAUCUCUUAAUUUGCAGGUCAAGAUAUUCGUCUUGUUUAGCAUCCCCUUUAUCUACUUACAUCAGUGUUUUAGAUCCUGGCUGGAUGUUAAAACCAUGCAAUUUGAAUGUUAUUGAAGCAUUUGGUUGUACAAAUGUUUAUAAGAAACUUUUAUAUUUCUAAAUCAAACACUUAAAUUUUCAAACCAAAUACAGCCAAGCUUUAAUAGAAACCUUAGUGUCUUUUGUAGAGCAAAAAAAAAAAAAACACCUAAUCAGAGUUUAAGUCACUGGCUUAGAGGUCAGUUAAAAUGAAUACUUAUCUAUAUUUCCAGAAAUUGAGCUAUUAAAAUAAUAAUGCUUUAAGUGGAAAUGUCAGUAAGUUAAACAUGUGCUUUAAAUGUCAUUAAAACAGUUUUACUCUGUUUAAUAUUGUAAAUAUUUAACUUCUUUUUUGUUUGUUUUUAAUGUUUGGUUUCAUUUUCUGUAUGUUGUGUUAAAAUUCAAAGCCUUUUGUUAC